AUGACGGCCACGCUCGUGUACGCGCGCCGCGGCGGCAACAACGCCCGCAACGACGGCAAUAGCAGCAAUAGCAGCGCCACAGCGCCGCCGCCAGCUCGCCCCGCCGCGCACCGCCACAUCAAGGUCAGCUCGCGCCUGGCGCCGCAGAUCUACCUGGGCCACGUCUACCGCAGCAGCGCACCUUCCUCCUCGUCGUCCUCCUCCCAAUCUGCGUCCGCCUCCCCCACCGCAGCGCGCCCCGUGGUGGUCAAGUGCGCCGGUCAGCUGCGGCGCGACGGCUCCGGCCGCCUGCAGGGGCCCUGGAAGGAGUGGCAGGCCGCGCGCCAGCUGCGCAGCGUGGCGCGGCGCCAUCCCAACGUCGUGCAGGUCUUCGACACGUUCGUGCAGCGCGCGCACGUGUUCCUGGUCAUGGAGCACUGCGCGCGCGGCGACCUGCUGGCCGACCUGGGCGCCACGCAGCCCGAGAGCCGCCUGGACCAGCGCCACGCGCUGCGCAUCGUGCUGCACCUGGCGCGCGGCCUGCGCUUCCUGCACGAGACGUGCAACAUCGCGCAUCGGGACGUGUCGCUCGAGAACGUUUUCGUCACGCGCGACGGCGUCUACAAGCUCGGCGACUUCGGGCUCAGCACGCGCGCCGACCGCCCGGCCAGCGGCUGCGUGGGCAAGGCGCAGUACGCGGCGCCCGAGGUCGUGGCGCAGCGCGGCAGCUACGACCCCGUGGUCGCCGACGUCUGGUCGCUCGGCAUCCUGCUCUUCAUGCUGCUCACGGGCGCGCCGCUGCUCGAGCUGGCGGCGCCCGGCAGCCCCGAGUUCCGCACGGUGCGGGCCGUGGGCUGCCGCGGCGUGCUGCGGUCCUGGCAGAUGGACGCGCAGCUCUCGGCCGCCACGAUGGACCUGCUGGACAAGAUGCUGCAGUUCGACCCGGCCCGGCGGCUGCAGACCAUGAAGGAGGUGCUCGACCACCCGGCGCUGCUGGCGGCCAGUCGACAAGACGCCGAAGCCGACGCCUAA